AUGGCUUUGAAGGCCUUCAACCUAACUUUCUGUCACGCUCUCAUACUCAACACAUUCGAAGAUUUAGAAGGUCCAAUCCUCGAUCAAAUCCGCAAACACAUUCCCAAUCUCUACUCCAUCGGCCCCUUACACUCCCAUUCGAAAGCAUUGCUGAAAGCAAAAGGAGUCGAAUCAUCGCAUCAUUCUAGCAGCUUCUGGAAGGAAGACAACACCUGCAUUGCCUGGUUAGAUUCUCAACCUCCCAAUUCUGUGAUAUAUGUGAGCUUUGGGAGCAUCACAAUGUUGACAAGAGAUGAAUUGUUGGAGUUUUGGUAUGGUUUGGUUAAAAGUGGUUAUAGAUUCCUGUGGGUGGUUAGACCGGAUUCGGUUAUCGGGGAUGGAAACGAGAUCCCGGUUGAGAUCGAGGAAGGUACGAGGUUGAGGGGGUUGAUGGUGGAAUGGGUCCCACAAGAGCUAGUUCUAGGGCAUGAGUCGGUUGGGGCGUUUUUUACGCACAGUGGAUGGAAUUCGACUCUGGAAGGUAUAGUGAUUGGGGAGCUUGUCAACAUUUGUUCGUAUAAGGCCCAUUCUAGGACUGCACAUGGUGGUGGGGUAUUGAACUAUUGA